CAAAGAUGCGAAACCAUCACACCACAUUUCUAUGCGUUGUAACAGGCAUCAGUUGUUUUUUUCUGGGCGCCAUUUUACAGCAGCAUGUGUCAAUAAGAAACAUAAAAAAUAUCAUGAAUGUAGAUCCCUAUAUCUUUAAUUGCCGGCGAAAACUACUAUUUGCGUUGGCGCUCUUGGGCGAGAAACGGAAGACAGGGGUCAGCUUCACGCCCAUUGAGCCCCAGUGCAAGGAUGUAGACUCAGUGCUUGGUUGUACACUGUUCUGGUUUCGACUUCAAUGCUAUAAAGUGUUUUCCUUCUUUUUUUUAAACAUAAAGGCGGAUGAAGAGCAGCCCAAGCUCUCAUCAUCCCAUUUGGCAGAUAUUAUGAAAUAUGGAUUCCCCGGCCUAGAUGACAUUAGAGUGUACAAGAGCUUCGUGCUCUCCUACGAUCGCCGGCACCGCAUUGCACAUUGGGUUUGUGAACAUCUUCGCGCCGAAUGCAUUACGACUCCCCUUGCCUCUGAUGCACCAACGAAGCCGUCCCGUGGUGAUCAAAGCAUACCAGUAAUGUUUCGUGCCACCACCCAAGACUACAAGUACAGCGAUUUUGUCGAGGGCCACUUGGCCGCACCCAAUAAUUACAGCUGUGACACCGUCCAGUACAACGAGUCGUUUCUACUCUCGAAUAUUGUGCCCCAAAAUCGAAUAAUGAAAAACUAUGUUUGGCAGCGUUUGGAGGAAUAUGUGCGUCAGCUGACACUCAAAUCUGGCUCGGUCUAUGUCUACUCGGGUCCCCUCUACAUGCCCCACCGCAUCAACUUUCGCAAUUGGGCAGUGCGGUUCACUGUCAUAGGCAUGAAUACUGUAGCGGUACCGACUCACUUCUUCAAAGUCAUAAUCAGUGAGCAUAAGAACCCCGGAGCCCUGCCCUAUAUGGAGGGAUAUGUGGUGCCAAACGCAGCCGUUGAUAAAGAAAUCGAUCUACGUUCGUUCUUAUCCGAUAUUCGCGAUAUUGAGCAUUUUGCAGGACUCAAGUUUUAUGAAGGAGUACGUAGAAGUAUGUUCAAUAGACCAUAGCCCUAACAGCCGCGGGUUCUAAAUUUUUAGUGCAGGCUAACACCCUUUAUUUUAUAUGCCGAUUUUCAAAAGUACUUAGUUUGAGUUAAAUGAAAUGAAUUGUGUGGUCUUAAAAUGAAAUUGAAGGUAGCGUUAUUAGAUUAACUAUAAAACUGUAAAUAAAAUCCAAUCCAUAAACAAUAAA